GUUUCACCGCUGUCAGUGGAACCCAAAGUACCCCUACCAUGUACCGGUUAUUGUGGUUCGUGCCCCGAAUUUCGAAGCGCAUUUUUCUUCCUCUAUCAUUAUUGGGCAUAUUAUUCCUUGUGUUCAUGAGUGCUGUCCUGCACGUUCGCCGGGAUUGGCAUUCUCCAAGUUUCUCAAAGCGACGAAUAGCAGCGACAUUGACCAGACUUGUCCAUCAUCAGUCCGUCUCCCCGAUUAUCCUGUCAGAGUUGAAGAAAAUUUUAUUGCCGAACCGGAACACAGAUGUCGCUAAAAACGAAAGCAACCCCCAAAACAAUACUGGUUCAUCAUCAUCGAGACUCACUGCCGUGCAAUUGAGCGUGGAAAACCUGCGUGUUUUAGUGAACUUGUUAAACAGUGCUCAAGUCAUCCAUAACGAAGACAUUUUCGGUAUCUUUGCCGACUCAACG